UCGAUGUGAUAUAUCGCGGGAGGCACCGCCCGCAUGAAUUAACCAUACAAUAUUAAAAAAAUCUUCCCAAUAAAUAAAUUAAAAAUAUAAUAAUAAGAUAAAUAUAAAGCAAGUGUGGUUGCAGCCCCAAGUUCAAUCUUCUGUAUCCUCUACCCUUUACUCUUGGGUUUCUCUCUUAUUCACCUUUACCUUCUUCUUCUUUCAAUUCCAUUCUUUUCGUUCCCAGGCUCUGUACAGUGAAUCAAACCCUACCUCACCUCACAGGUUUUAGUUGUUAAUUAAAUAUAGAUAAGAAAUCCAAAGGAGAAGAUGAAGCAAUUCGCCAUCCAAAACGUCGUCGUCCCAUCACACGAAGAGAUUAGCGGCAGGGACUCCGUGAUUUGCCCCAAGCCCCGCCGUCUCGGCCUCUUCAACCUCGCCGUCAACGAACACUCUGCUAGAACCUUUCGAUGGCAUCUCAGUUGCCAGGAUCCAUGUGAUUCAAACUCAUCUGGCUCUAAUCCUUUGGAGACUAUUCUCACCAAGGAGGGUGAUUGUGACAUGGAGCAAUCGUGCCCAAUGAUAGCCUCGUCGCCCCCAUUUUUCUGCGGGUCACCGCCGAGCAGAGUAGCUAACCCAUUGAUUCAGGAUGCUCGAUUCGGGGAUGAGAACUUCUCCCCACUCUCGCCUUCGUCCUGGGUGGUGGUUCCAGCCCCGGCCGGCUUGCCGCCAUCUCCCUCUUCCUCUGCGCGGAAGGGAGGUUGCGUUCGAGCCAAUUUUGGUAACAAUCCGGCUGUGAGAAUUGAGGGGUUCGAUUGCCUUGACAGGGACAGCCGAAAUUGCAGCAUCCCUGCUCUGGCUUAGAGCCCUCAAACACACACACACACGCGUCUUUGAUGUUAGGAUUAAGUUCAACAUAAACAUAAUCACAGAAGAAGAGUCUUCAUACCAACGGGAAAGAGUAAUUUUGGAUGCCCGAGUUUAGAGGAAAUGAUAAAAUUUUAUCACGUGUCUGUUUGUAAAUAUGUUCAGUUAAUCCGCAGUGUAUGUAAAUGUCAAUAGUGUCUUGCGUAGGGAGUAUCGUCUACUCUAGUCCACAAUAAUGAUAGAGGGUUAAUUUGGGUGUUAGAUCUGGCCCUGUCCCUGUCUAGUGUUUAAUACCGUCCUCUUUUCUGUAAGUAUAAGCCUUUAGAGGAUGGGAUAUUUCAUUUUGAUUUCUUUUACGGGUCUUUGAAUUGUAACUAGCGGCUUAAGAAGGAAAAUCUGUACAAAGAAUGCUUUUGUUUGAGAAUUCUCAGUUGAUGGGUCUUUUGUAAUGUGAACAGCACGAGCAAGUUUGUAAGUUUACUGCGUAAAAAGAAAAUUUAUGUUUCUUGCUUGUCGGUUGACGAUGAUGUUAGUUUAGUUUCUUCUUAUCCUGCCUCUCCUCGGAGAGCUUUG